AGCAGAAGCCAGUCUCCUAGCGACGUGUUGAGGUCUGAGCUUCCCUGUUUUAUCUGAACAGCCGGAAUUUAUUAUUUUCAUUUCUUUCUUUAUUUUUCCUCCGCUUCAGCUAAACGUGACAGCUUUCCGAAGAGCAGAAAACGUACUUGUUGUGAAAGGCAGUUGCUCUGAGCCCCUGUCUCUUUCUCUCUCUCUCUCUCUCCCUCUCUCCCUCUCUCCUUUUCUAAGAGCUCUACAUGGCGCUCCUCAGCCACCACCUGACACUCUCCCUUAGGCGGAACCUGCGCCUUGUGGCUUCAGGGUGCAGAUAUGUCAGUCAGACAGCUACGAAGACCGUGUCUGAGUUUGAAUAUGAUGCUCCAUCCAUGAAGACUCCUGUUCCAGGGCCCAGGUCAAAGGAGCUGACAAGACAGCUGGGAGAAAUUCAGAACGUUGGCGCAAUUAAUUUCUUCUGUAACUACGAGGAAAGCCGGGGAAACUACCUGGUGGAUGCUGAUGGCAACCGAAUGCUGGAUCUGUACACACAGAUCUCCUCUGUUCCCCUGGGUUAUAAUCAUCCCGCUUUGAUGAAAGCGCUUGCCAACCCCAACAAUCUGAGCGCAUUUGUCAACCGGCCAGCCCUUGGAAUUCUGCCACCUGAGAAUUUUCCUGAAAAGCUGACUGAAAGUCUGCUAUCGAUCGCUCCCAUUGGAAUGACCCGUGUGCAAACCAUGGCAUGUGGCUCAUGCUCCAACGAGAAUGCCUUCAAGGCUAUGUUCAUCUGGUACAAAAACAAAGAGAGAGGCACCAAUAAUCCUUCAGCAGAGGAAACGAGCUCCUGUAUGAUAAACCAGAGUCCUGGAUGUCCAGAUCUGAGCAUCCUGUCCUUCAUGGGAGCAUUUCACGGCAGAACUUUCGGUUGCUUGGCGACAACACACUCCAAAGCUAUUCACAAGCUGGACAUCCCAUCGUUGGACUGGCCUAUCGCGCCCUUCCCCAGGCUCAAGUAUCCACUGGAGGAGUUUGUUCAAGAGAACGCCCGAGAGGAGGCUCGCUGUCUCGAGGAGGUGGAGGACCUGAUCCUGAAGUGGAGGCAGAAGGGCAAACCUGUGGCAGGUAUCGUCAUCGAGCCCAUCCAGGCAGAGGGAGGAGACAACCAUGCAUCACCUGACUUCUUCAUAAAACUGCGCAGCAUCGCUCGCAAGCAUGGAUGCGCCUUCCACGUGGACGAGGUUCAAACUGGGGGCGGAGCCACCGGAAAGUUCUGGGCUCAUGAGCACUGGGGCACGGACGACCCUGCCGAUAUCGUUUCCUUCAGCAAGAAGAUGCUCACGGGAGGUUAUUACCACACAGACGAGAUGCAGCCUGAUAAGGGUUACAGAAUCUUCAACACGUGGAUGGGAGACCCGUCAAAGAACCUGUUCCUCUCAGAGGUGCUGAACGUCAUCAGAAGAGAGAACCUUCUGGAAGAAGUGACUCGCUCUGGGAAAGCUUUGCUGCAGGGACUUUAUGAACUGCAGUCUCAGUAUCCUCACCUGCUGAGUCGAGCCCGUGGUCAGGGCACCUUCUGUGCCGUUGAUGCCUGUAAUGAUGUCACUCGAGACAACCUUCUGGUCAAAAUCAGGGACAAGGGUGUUCUCCUGGGCGGCUGCGGCGAAAAAUCCAUCCGCGUCCGUCCCACUCUCAUCUUCAAAGAGUAUCACGCACAUCAGUUCCUCAACAUCUUCAACGACGUGCUCUCUGAGUACAAAUAGAGUUGCAGAGCUCAGAUAAGCCGAGGAGAACGAGCACAAGGGUCCAAACCCCCGAAAUGGGCAGUUCCUCCCCUUCACAGUCUCUCACUCUCACCUUUUUUCUUCUAACCAUCUACUUCACUUUUUAAUUAUUUGUUUCAUUUCAGUCAAUAUAUUUCUCACUGUAAAGAGCACAAAGUGAUCAGGAGUAUUACAAUGGAUGAGUAUCAGUACACGUUUAAGUUUUAUUUACAAAAACAUGUGUUUAAGUAGCUUGAGGUAUGGUUCUAGUUAUUGAUGCAUCAGUUGUCACGUUAAAGGAGGAAAUCACACAGUUGCCUUCUUGGUAAGUAAGGUUUCUUUUUUUUUUAAAGGAGCAGUUUGUAAAUACUCUCACAUUUAAAAUGCCUUCCACUAAUAUGGGCACCCUUGGUAAAUAUGAGUAAAGAAGGCUGUGAAAAAUUGUCUUUAUUGUGUAACCUUUUGAUAUUUUAUUAAAGAAUAAUUCACAAAAAUACUCUGCUCUCAACAACUGCAAACACAUCACAAGUUUAGCAAAAAAAUAUAUCAUUGUUAAAUAUAGGUGUGCAACAAUUAUUGGCACCCCUAUGAAUUCAUAUGAGAAAAAUAUAUUCAAAGUAUAUUCCCAUUGAUAUUUUAAAUUUUUUUAAUACACCUUUGGUGACUAGGAACAGGAAAUUGUUCAACUAUGACUUCCUGUUUCACAGGGGAAUAAAUAUCAGAUAACACAUAGGCCCAAUUCCCUUAGUCAUUCAUAACAAUGGGUAAGACAAAGGAAUAUGUCUGUGAUGUGCAGCAAAAGGUUGUUGAGCUUCACAAAAUGGGAAGUGGCUAUAAGAAAAUAGCACAAGCAUUGUAAAUGCCCAUUUCCACCAUCAGGGUGAUAAUUAAGAAGUUCCAGUCAACUGGAAAUGUUAUGAAUCAACCUGGAAAUGGACGUGUGUCUAUAUUGUUGCAGCGCACUGUGAAGAGGAUGGUUCGAGUGACCAAACAAUCUCCAAGGAUCACAGCUGGAGAACUGCAGAAGUUAGUUGUGUCUUCGGGUAAGAAAGUCUCCAAAACUACGAUCCGAAGUCACCUACAUCACCACAAAUUGUUUGGAAGGGUUUCAAGAAAAAAGCCUCUACUCUCAUCCAAAAACGAACUCCAACAUCUUCAGUUUGCCAGACACUACUGGAACUUUAAAUGGGAUCGGGUUCUAUGGUCAGAUGAAACCAAAAUAGAGCUUUUUGGAAAUAAACACCAGAGGUGGUUUUGACGUACACAGAGAGGUAGCUAUAUGGGAAAAGUAGCUCAUGUCCACGGUUAAAUAUGGUGGUGCCUCUUUAAUAUUUUGGGGCUGUUUUUCUGCCAAAGGACAUUUUGUUAGGAUACAUGGCAUCAUGGACUCUAUCAAAUAUCAACAGAUAUUAAAUGAAAACCCGACUGCUUCUGCCAGAAAGCUUAAAAUGGGCCAUGGUUGGAUCUUCCAGCAGGACAAUGAUCCAAAACAUAGAUCAAAAUCAACACAAAAAUGGUUUACUGACCACAAAAUCAAGGUCCUGCCAUGGCCAUCCCAGUCCCCUGACUUGAAACCCAUAGAAUACCUGUGGGGUGAACUGAAGAGGAGAGUCCACCAGCAUUGUCCUCGAAAUUUGAAGGAUCUGGAGAGAAUCUGUGUGGAGGAAUCCCAGCUCUCAGUCUCAGGAGUCUCAGAUCCCUUGCCAUGUAUUCUCCAACAUCAUCAGGCAUUAUAGGAGAAGACUCAGAGCUGUUAUCUUGGCAAAGGGAGGUAGCACAAAGUAUUGACAAAGGGUGCCAAUAAUUGUUGCACACCUAUAUUUAACAAAGAUAAUUUUUUGAUAAACCUGUUUUCAAGUUCAAGUGGUUUUAUUGUCAUUUCAACCAUAUACAGAUGGUACAUUACACUGUGAAACAAAACAAUGUUCCUCCAGGACCAUAGUGCUACACAAAACUGUGAGAUGAAAAAAAUGACUGACGACACAGAACUAAAUAAGAUGUACACAUUCUACACAAAGUGCACGUGCAAACGUGUGCUAACAACACAAGAUAGUACAAUAACUACUAAAACAGGACAAUGGGCACAGUAAGUGACAGUGUAGCGCUGAACAGUACACAGUUCUAGUGUGGAAGCGUCCGAUAUAACAGAUAACAGUGCAAAAGAUAGGUGCAAAAGAGUAACAAUAUAAUUUGAAAAUGGUAAAAAUGUGAACGUAACAUGCUAUGACAGAGUAUUCAGCAGAUUAGCUUAUACCAUAUAUGGACAUAGCAGUUAUUGUGGUAGCAGCCAGGUAAAAUGUGUAAUAGUGACAAGAAAUUAAAUACUAUAUUUUUAUAAAUACAGUAGCAGCAAAAAUGCAACAGAGUCAAUGCAGGAAUGUGCAAAUAUUUAAAUGGGAGUGGGACGGUGUUCAGUUCAGAGAGAGAGAUAGUGUGUGUGUGUGUGUGUGUGUGUGUGUGUGUGUGUGUGUGUGUGUGUGUGUGUGUGUGUGUUGGUGUCAGUCCAGUCUCUGAGUAUUGAGGAGUCUGAUGGCUUGGGGGAAGAAGCUGUUACACAGUCUGGCCGUGAGAACCCGAAUGCUUCGGUACCUUUUUUCCAGACGGCAGGAGGAUGAAGAGUGUGUGACGGCCAGCGUGUGGUGUAAAGUGUGGUAUAAAUGUCUGACGGAGGGAAGAGAGACCCCAAUGAUCUUCUCAGCUGUCCUCACUAUCCGCUGCAGGGUCUUACGAUCCAAUGAGGUGCAAUUUCCGAACCAGGCAGCGAUGCAGCUGCUCAGGAUGCUCUCAAUAGUUCCUCUGUAGAAUGUUGUGAGGAUGGGAGAUGGGCUUUCUUCAGCCUUUGCAGAAAGUUGCUUGUAAUUGUUUGAUAUCCAUGAGAGCAGAGUAUUUUUAUGAGUAUUUUCAACAAAAUCUCAAAAUGUUAAACAAUAAAAACAAUUUUUCACAGCCGCCUUUGUUCAUAUUUACCAAGGGUGUCAAUAUUAGUGGAGGGCACUGUGUACAUAUAGAUCCAGUGGGAGCUCAUUUCUGUGCCAGAAAAAUGUAAAUAAAUGAUUGUUUAUUAAUUAUAUUAUUAUUAUUAGUAGUAGUAGUAGUAUAAAAACACUAAAAUUAUAAACUGCACCUUUAAAUGAUGACUGAAUGCCUCAGUUUCAGAGUCAGACUUAAGCACAUAAAUAAAGGUGUAAAUCCAGGACAAGGAAGUAGAAAGUAAAAUAUCACGGAAUCCUUCUGGAUAGCCAGAUACGCCAGAUCUGAUACGUUUUUUUCAGACUAAUACUAGCCCUAAUACCUCACACUCAGUAUCAUAUCAGUAUUAUAUGUCCAUAUUAUAUUAUUGUAGUCAGCUAGACCACCUCAGGCCUUUCCUGAGUCCAUGCAGGUGCUGUAAGGUGUGUUUCCAUCGUUCUUCUGCAACAUUUUGAAGAACUAACAAGUUCAAGAGCAACAAAUCAAACGUGGAAGAGGCCGAGAUUGAACUUGCUGUGGUGUUCUGUAUUUUGUUUUGAAUGUUAACGUUAACGAGCGUCUUAAACUAGCUGCACACGCACAAAGCACAAUUUCACACAAAAAGCCUUUUUAUAUUUGUGUGACGAGCGUCUAGAAGCAUAGCAACACGUAGCGUUGGCCAUUUUGUAAAAUGUGCGUUUGUCCAAUCAGUAUCCGACACUGUGGUUGGAAAAAGGCUACUGAACUGUACCACUGCUUGUCAUUGGAGCGGUACGCUUCUUAAUUUUUGGUAUUUCUUCCACCAGGGAAAGUGACUAGUGUGCCUUUUAUUAAUUUAAUACAUAAUUAGAUCUUUAGCUCUGCUGUAGAACUUUACAUAAGUUUUAAAGGUACAUUAUAAAUGAAGAAUUUAUAAUAUCCAUACUGAGGGUCGAAAGACAGGCGUACAAACUGUGGUAUCUUUUAAUGCCUUUUUCUCUGCUGCUAAGAGUGUAAAGCAAGUUCUUCUCCACUAAUAAUUCAGCCUUGUUUGUUUACAUUAGAGACAUUUCUUUAGAAAAAAACCUAUUUUUAUAAAGGGACUUAAAAAUGGUUUCGGUAAUGGAAAAAUGGCUCCAGGUUGCGGAAAACACUACAGUGUGCACACUACAUGUUGACUCCAGGAUCACAGUCACACACAACAUUUGUUCUACAAACUCAAACAACUGAUCUCCAUAACAAAACCAAAAAGGAUUUUAAUGUAGAAUCUGUGUAUCAGGGUUCAUUUUAAUGACCAGAAAUCCAGCUCAUGUUCUCCUGUGAUUCUUCCUCAAUCCAAACUGCUCAGUGUCUUAACUUCAUGCCUGUGUGUUUCAGGGACUUGCUCUUAUUUUCAUUUUUUUUUUUUAAGAGAAUAAAGAAAGUGCGAUACAGAUAUAGAUGACAGAACACCAUUCAUGCAUAAUUCUCUCCCGUCCAGUCAUCUUUUAUUUUUGAGGAAUUCAGCUCUUCAUCAGUCAGUGGAGCGCAUCACUGAGACACUAAUGUCUAAACUUAACUACGUGGUGUUUAGCUUAUUUUUCAGAUAAAUGUUGGUGAUGCUGUACAGUGUCCUGUUUGUCCAUGUAAAGCAUAUAAAGGUAGUUUUCUUUUGUUAAUAUAGUGGACAGAUGGAGUGUACAGAAGUAGAAAAUGCUUAAAACUGCUCAGUUAGAGAGAAAGAAAAUCCCGACACAUGCGACAAUUCUGUGCCCGUCUGUUUUUGGCUAAGUAAGUAUUGUAUAGAGUUGUGAAUUAUCUGUUAACCACUAAUGGCAAUAAAAUAAAAUAAAAAUCAUUGCCAUGUUUGUGUACACUACUGUGUGAAAUAGGUUGUAAAAUGUAAUUAUUCCCUAGUUAAAUAUUGUCUAAGCAAUAUAAAUGUACUCAGUAAUAAAUCAUUUUUUUGA